AACAAAAAAAAAAAAACCAUUCUGCUAGGCCUCGACUGGAGUGGCCAAGACAAAUCCCCGGUUAUCUUUUUAAUGCAGGCAUCAAUCAUUAGUUUCAAGUCAAUUACAAACACAUUUCUACUGAUGUCUGAAUAAUACUACUUAUAACUCAACAUGAAUAAAGACAAGGAAGUGAAUAAUUUGAAUCCAAAUUAUGAAGUUAAAAAUCAUGAAAGUAAUUCUUGUGAAAUAUCUUACGACUUACAGUUAGACAAGUAUUCAAUGAUUAAAACAAAUCAUAAAAUAUCCCCUGAUAGAACUAACAACCUUGGUGAGCUAAUGAAUGAACAGAGUAAAGACUCUUUCAGUGACCCCAGCACAGAUUUGUCUUCGAGUUCAUUGCAUCUUCUAACUGAUCCUUCUUUUAAAAAUACAAGACCAAUGCCGCUUAAGAAACAUGUAAAUAAAGGAAGUAUUCUUGAGAAAUUAUUUUGUGAUAAACUGGUUGAUAAAGAAGAAAAAACAGAGCUAGUUGAUUACAGUAUUUACCCAAAUACUCAUGAUGUUACUACAGAAGGUACAGAAUUAAGCCAGGAUGUUCUGUUUAUGGAGAAAUUGCCCCUGCUGCAUCAAAGUGUGAACAUAUCCUAUGUGGCAAGUCAUGAAGAGGUCACUUCUCAUACCUGCCAGCAUCUACCAUGUCCAGUGUGCCAGACUUCUAUGGGAGAACUGUCCACUGAUUCUGCCAUAGAUUUAGAAUCUUUUCCAAUCACAGAGAUGUCUGUCAAAGAAACAAUGCGCAGGGAAAGAAUGCGUCAAAGAAAAAUGGCCCAGCGCCAAAGUCCAGCAUUUAGAGAAAGAGAAAGGUUGAAAGCCAAAGAGCGGAUGAAAGCGUUGCGGAAUGAUCCCAUUUUUCGGUUUCAUGAAAGACAAAGAGACAGAGAGAGAAGAAAAAUAUCCCGCCUAAAUAAUCAGACUCAGAGAGCCAAGGAAAGGGAGAAAGAUAGAAUAAGAAAGUCUGUGCUGCGAUCUAUGAAUUCAGAAAGUCAGAAGGAACAUGUUCCUAUAGAAGAGUUCCAGCUGUUGCUAAGUGACGAUUGUGACCAGGUUGAUCAUGUGUCCGCCAUCACAUGGGAAAGUGGAUAAAAAAUAUCACACAGCAUUUUAAAACAGAUACUUAAUAUAUAAUUUUUUAAUUUAUUACAAAAUAUUAAAUGGCAUUAUGUAACUUAAUGAAUAUGUGACUUUAAUUAAUUGCUGUUAAUAUUGUUAUUUAUUUUAUUCCUAUCAGAACUUACAAUUUGAUAGUCACUUUUAAAUGUAGAUAUAUUUUUAGUUAUGUUUUUAUUUAGAAUAAAACUGUUCUUAUCAUCCAAGCAUAGUUGAGGAAAAUAUGUGUUACGCUCUUUUGCAAUGUUACACUACAAGAUUUUAUUUCUUAGCAAUUCAAGUCUUCUGUUGUACAUUUAUUGUACAUUUAAAAAAUUAUAAGUUUUGUUUGACUUUAUAAAGUUGAUGUAUAGGUAGGGGGUGGUUGAGUUGCUAUUUUUAUAGGGCUAAUUGUUUAAAGCUUCUUUCUGUCCAUGUUCUUAUAACGGACACUUCUUAGAUAAACCAUACUGGAUUCUGUCACAUUUAGUUGAAUUUUAUUCUUAUGUUUCGUCCUCACAUCAGUUUGGUGGAUAUUUUAAAAUUAAAUUUGCACUUUAUGUGUUAGUAGAACAUCAUUUAGAAAAUUGAAUUUCCACAUUUGAUGUAUCAUUAAAAUUUUUAUCUAAAUUUUGGUGGAUAAUUAAAUGAACAAAGAAUCCAUUUAUCAGAUGAUAGAAGAAAUUUCUAUAACACAAACCUGCCAUUUUUUCACAUCAAAUUCCACUAGGGGGAGGGGGACAUUGAAUAUUUUUCUAUUUUUCGACAUGCCCCAGAACUUUGAUUAUGUGCAAUGCAAAACAGUUAAUGAUUUUCAGACCUCAUCUACCAAGGAGGUAUAAAAGCAGUAGCAUUUGGGUGGUCGCAGAAUCAAUGUUUUUGAAAACAUUGAUUCUGAAAAAGUUAUCCUUUCAGACUUAACUAUGAUAAGGCAAAUGAAGUAGAGCGUAUACUAAAAAGUCCUCCUUUCAGACAUAACGAUCCAUGGGGCAAAUGAAGUAGAGUUUAUGUCUCUACCUCUGCAUACGAAGAGAUGGCAUGGUCAGAACUAAGCCCUGACGCCAUAACUUUCCUUAACUUGAGUCAAGUACCCAUCAAAGGGGGGUGGACUCAAAUACACCCUGCAGUCACAAGUCUAGACCUCGAUUCAAACCCAAGACCGUUGAGUAAGCUGUUGACAUUUCUGCAACACUACACCCCUAAAAUAAGCUGCUGAAAAUGAAUUAAUUUUAAAUUUUAUGUUUAAGACAGAGAAUACCAUGAAGCCUGCAAGAACAUAAACACAAAACUUGAAAAUACCUAGUUUAAAUGUAUAACUUAAAACAUCCUGACAAUUUGAUGUAAAAGUUUAUUUGUUAACAAUGUAAUCAAAUUAUUAUCAUUGUGGGUAUAUUAUACAUACUGUUACACACAAAAUAUCUAUAUAAAUGGAAUGUAGCUGGAAUGAACAAUAUGUACAGACAUUUGUAAAAAUGUUUUAAAAAAUAAAAUGUAAUAUUCUAUGAGAAAAAAAUAUUUUACAAAACCUAAACU